AUGCCUCGUCUGUGUGUUCUGCUGGUUGUACUGCUGUUGUGGAGUAGCAGCCUUGUGCAGUGUGCAAAAAGAACUGGAAAGAACAGAAAUCAAUCCAGAGCAAGACAGGAUUCUACGGACCCUCAGGAAAACACCAGGAAAAAUGAAGCCAGAGAGAGUUACUCUGGCAUUGCAACAGAACCAGACUUUCUGGCAGAUUUUGCUGGAAAAAAGCGUCUUUGGGUCAUCACUGCCUCAUCUUACAAUGACAACUACUUGCGUAUGAUGGAGAAGCAGAUUGAGGACAUGAAGUCUGAGGGUCUGAACUGUCGUUUAGCUGAGAGGGACACCCUUAUUGUCACUAUUAUCCAAAAUGCCAUGAUGGAAGGUAAAAUCCAGCACAGCAACAUCCGGGGAGAGGCUACCGUGGAAACCAUGGAUACAGACAUGGUGACCAAACUCCUUCAUUACCUGGAACUAGAGGACCAGACAUUUUCCAUGCUGAUCCUGAAGAAAAACUUAAGGGUAAGUGAACGAUUCCCUUACCCGGUACGUGUGGAGGCUAUCCUGGAAACUAUUGACCAGCUCCCUCUGCGUAAGCUGGAAAAGGUCACGAGGAAAGGGUCACCAGAGAAGUGCAAGUUCACAAAGAAGAGAUUAGUAGUCAGAAAACCAGGCCCUGUUACGAAAAAAAGUUUCAGUUCCCAGAGACGGGGAAACACUACCUACACUUUUCAGCCACAAAGAAAACCCCUGGACAAAAAGGUAGCCCUGAGAAACAAAGUGCAGGAUAUCCUCAAUGGACGCUCCAGAUUUGUUAUCCGAAAAACACCAACACAUGGAUCCAAGACAUCUUCCUCAGAAAGGACACGGCUUCUUGUAACUGGAGGGGAAGAGCAGCAGCAGAGCGGUGGAGCCACAGACAGGGAUGAAGACAAAGUGUCAAUAAAAGAAGGGAGUAACCAAGAUUCCGUAACCACGGCGGAAAAAAAGAGGGACGGUGUCAACGCAAGUGUGAAUAAAACUGAUCGUGAACACAGGGGGGAGCAGGAUCGUUCCACAUCUGAAAGUAAAGGCAAAGGAAAGAAGGAUGGAAAGAAGAAAGGGAAGGGGAGAAAAGGAAAGAAAAAGUCACAACGAGAAGCAAAUGAUAAAGAGAGAAGGGAACUCAAAGACUUCUUAGAAAAAUUCAAAGGAAAACGAAGACUUCUCGUAAUGUUCUCCCCAAGUGAUAGCACAAGUCAAUAUGUUCAGCAAAAGGAAGAUAUUGAACAGCGUCACUGCGACUUUGCUCUGAGGAAGGUUUCUGUCCUGUCCAUCCUGGGCGCAGAGCAUAGCUCUUCACUACAACUGCAACACUAUCAACUAGAUACAGAGCCCACGUUUGAUUCACUUCCAGACAUGUUCACCAACUCAGAUUUGGUCGACCAAAUACGCAAAGAAUAUGGGGCAGGAACUAGGGACCUCUCCAUGGUGGUGACAGACUAUGACCUGAAACCCACUAGAGUGUUCCACUUGCCAGCAACUCCCUCAGUUUUAAUAAAUUACAUUGACAGUUUUCCAUCACGGAGGUCUGAAAAAGAUCAGGAGAAGAAAGCUCCUCAGGCUUGCUCACAUCCUGAGCCUCAAAGUGGAGGUGAAAACUCAUUGCUGAGGUUUAUGUCAAAACGGAGACUUUUGAUCAUCUCCACACCAUCCGAGGAUGACUACCUCUUCCAGCAGCAGCUUCAGGCACUGAAAGGACAGAAGUGUCCCAUGGGUAUUCGCCAUUUUGCCAUGCUGAAAUUGGUGGGUGCUGGACCAACAGCUUCAGGCUCUGUAGAGCUGUUUCCAUUAAAUGGGAAAAGUCAAACAGAGAAGGAACCUCUGUCACAGGAAGUGGUGAAAGGACUGAGCGAUCAGCUGAAAAUAAACAGGGACUUCUUCAGUAUGCUGGUAGUAGGCAAGGAUGGGGAUGUUAAGGCCUGGUUCCCGUCACCAAUGUGGUCACUGUCAAACAUUUAUGAACUGGUUGACUCAAUGGAGUUACGUCAGCAAGAGGAGAAGUUACAGAGAACGCUGGGCAUUGGCUGCCUGGACGAAGGUGCAGACACUUACCAUGGCUAUCAAGAUGAGACAGACGAGAGCUAUCUUUAUCGUCGGUCCGAAGACUAA